AUUAGUCAUCAGGAGUGGGAUUGGUUAGAGUAGAAUGUCAGGGUAAACCAAUAAGAAGCAGAGAAGUGCGGCACACGCCUUUGCCAUCCUGGGUAAAAAAAAGAAGACUUGCACUUGCACUGGAACGUUAGGUCCGUUUGACUAGGAAGUCCAGCUAACAUUAGCCAGCUGGGCAACUCUCAAUACCCGAAGUCGUUUGAACUUCCCCGCAGUGCCGUUUUUAGUCAUCGUGUUAACAGGCAACCAUGGCUGUUUGGAGAAAACUGUGGCGCAGAAACCUCCUGGCAGUGUCUCUGCUUUUCUCCGUCCUGCUCCACACCCUCCACGUGCACGCCCGGCCAGCCAACAUGUCGGCCGCUAAAGAAAAGGCUCCAGCCAGCAAGGACGACAACGAGAUUCUCCCACCGGACCACCUGAAUGGGGUGAAGAUGGAGAUGGACGGCCACCUAAAUAAGGACUUCCACCAGGAGGUUUUCCUGGGUAAGGAGAUCGAGGAGUUUGAGGAGGACUCGGAGCCGAGGAGGAACCGGAAGAAGCUGAUUGACAUUUUCACCAAGGUUGACUUCAACAAGGACCGGAGUGUUAGCGCCAAGGAGAUGCAGCGCUGGAUUAUGGUGAAGACGGAGGAGCACUUCCAGGAGGCCAUGGAGGAGAACAAGAACAGUUUCCGUGCCGUCGACCCCGACGGUGAUGGUCACGUGACAUGGGAUGAAUACAGAGUCAAAUUUCUGGCCAGCAAAGGUUUCAAUGAAAAGGAAAUUGCUGAGAAAAUAAAGAAUAAUCAGGAUCUGAAACUGGAUGAGGAAACUCAGGAGGUCUUGGAAAGCCUGAAGGACCGCUGGUUUCAGGCGGACAACCCCCCCGCUGACCAGCUGCUGAAUGAGCAGGAGUUCCUGUCGUUCCUCCACCCGGAGCACAGCAGAGGCAUGCUCAAAUACAUGGUCAAGGAGAUCGUACGCGACCUGGACCAGGACGGUGAUAAAAGGCCCUGUCCGGUUCAUCUCCCUGUGGGGACCGUGGAGAACCCCGGGGGCCCGGCACACGACGACUGGGGCCCGGGAGGAAAAAGGGUUUCGAGGCCCUCUCGCUCGGACCGCAACGGCAUCGAACCGGGGAAAUGGAGGAGUACAUGGACCCGAUGAACGAGCACAACGCCUUGAACGAGGCCAAGCAGAUGAUUGCCGUCGCAGAUGAAAACCAGAAUCAUAAUUUGGAGCUGGACGAGAUUCUCAAGUAUAGCGAAUACUUCACGGGCAGCAAGCUGAUGGAUUACGCCCGGAACGUUCACGAGGAGUUCUGAAGAGCGACUUCUCCUCUCUCGGUCCGCCCAGCACAGCAGGGCGACAUCCUCCAUCUGCUUCAGGGACAAGCCAGCCAAGGUGGGGCGAGCUAAUGAUUGGAUGUUCUAGCGUGCAAUUCACGGCCUCUUUCACUGCUGAGUCCAACUAAUACAUCCUCCCUUCAGCCCUGGACUGUCUGCCAGC